AUGGGCGAUUUGCAAGCAACUUAUGAUGAAAUUAAGAAAGCUGGAAAAAAUAGCGUAGAUGGCAUAGUAAAGUGCCUGCAGGAUUGUCAAAUUAUCGACAAAGCGAAAGAGAGCGAGGAGAAAGUACGAUCAUAUUUCGCAGACGUCGCCAACAAGAGUGAAAUAACCGCUGAAAAGUUCAAAGAGGCUAUGGGUAAAGUAGCCGAUGAAAAGAAGAAGAAUGUUGCAGACAUUUCCAACAGCUUAGCGGAGUAUAUGAGGACGUUGGUGAGCGCUGUACAAGCGGGCAUGGAAGCGGGGGCGAGCGCGUUCAAAGAAAAAAUGGACAAAAAAUAGU